GCCACGUCACCCUCGCAGUCGUCACUGCAUAAACAGUAAAGAUGGCGGCGUCCAUCCGGGAAAAACAGACAGCUGCUCUCAAACGAAUGCUCAACUUUAAUGCCCCACCCCUUAAAAACACAACAGCUGAGCCAGUAUGGAAGGUUCUUAUUUACGAUCGCUUUGGCCAAGACAUUAUAUCUCCGCUUCUGUCUGUGAAAGAGCUACGAGACAUGGGCAUCACUCUGCACCUCUUGUUGCACUCAGAUCGCGACCCCAUUCCAGACGUUCCUGCCAUUUACUUUAUAAUGCCCACAGAGGAGAACAUCGACAGGAUAUGUCAAGACCUCCGAAACCAACUAUAUGAGUCCUACUAUUUGAACUUCAUCUCCGCAAUUUCCAGAAGCAAAUUGGAGGAUAUAGCAAGUGCUGCGCUUGCGGCUAAUGCAGUAAACCAGGUGACCAAAGUAUUUGAUCAGUAUUUGAACUUCAUCACACUUGAGGAUGAUAUGUUCAUUCUCUGUAAUCAAAACAAAGAGCACAUCUCCUACCAUGCAAUCAAUAAGCCAGAUAUCAUGGACACAGACAUGGAGGGUAUAAUGGACACAAUAGUGGAUAGUCUCUUCUGCUUCUUUGUUACUCUUGGUGCUGUCCCAAUAAUUCGAUGUCCAAGAGGGAAUGCUGCCGAAAUGGUAGCAGUGAAACUUGACAAGAAACUGAGAGAGAAUUUGAGAGACGCUCGUAACAGCCUGUUCACCGGAGACACCAUGGGCACUGGCCAGUUCAGUUUCCAGAGGCCGUUGUUUGUUCUUGCGGAUCGUAACCUGGAUCUUGCGACUCCUCUCCACCACACAUGGACGUAUCAGGCUCUAAUUCAUGAUGUGCUGGACUUCCACCUGAACCGAGUGAGUGUGGACGAGUCUCAUGGGUCAGAGGCCAGUCCAGCCGGAGCACGACCCAAAAAGAAAAACAAGAAGAGCUAUGAUCUCACUGCUGCUGACAAGUUUUGGCAAAAACACAAAGGAAGCCCAUUCCCAGAGGUUGCAGAAGCUGUGCAGGAGGAACUGGACACAUAUCGAGCCCAAGAGGAUGAGGUUAAACGGCUCAAGAGCAUCAUGGGCUUAGAAGGGGAGGACGACGGAGCCAUUAGUAUGUUGUCAGAUAACACUGCCAAACUUACCUCAGCCGUCAGUUCUCUUCCUGAGCUCCUGGAAAAGAAGAGACUGAUUGACCUCCACACCAACGUUGCCACAGCAGUUCUGGACCACAUCAAGAGCCGUAAGCUUGACGUGUACUUCGAGUACGAGGAGAAGCUCAUGAGCAAAUCCACACUCGAUAAAUCCCUGCUGGACAUUAUCAGUGACCCUGAUGCUGGAACGGCAGAGGAUAAGAUGAGGCUGUUUCUGAUCUACUACAUCACUUCCCAGCAGCCCCCAUUGGAGGCUGAUCUAGAACAGUACAAGAAAGCCAUGGUUGAUGCAGGCUGCGACCUAUCCCCACUUAACUACAUUAAACAGUGGAAAGCUUUCACCAAGAUGGCUGCGACGCCAGCCAAUUACGGGAGCAGUGGAGUGAAACCUAUGGGACUGUUCUCAAGGGUGAUGAACACCGGCUCCCAGUUUGUGAUGGAGGGAGUGAAAAAUCUGGUCUUGAAACAGCAUAACCUACCGGUUACUCGCAUCUUGGACAACUUGAUGGAAAUGAAGUCAAACCCAGAGACUGAUGACUACAGAUACUUUGAUCCCAAGAUGCUUCGUGGAAGCGAGAGCUCCAUUCCGAGGAACAAGAACCCCUUUCAGGAGGCUAUCGUCUUUGUUGUUGGAGGAGGCAAUUACAUAGAGUAUCAAAAUCUUGUUGACUACACAAAGACCAGGCAAGGAAAGCGGAUUCUUUAUGGCUGUAGUGAGCUGUUCAAUGCUGCCCAGUUCAUUAAACAGCUCUCUCAGCUUGGUCAGAAAUAGGUGGAGUGAUGAAGUCCUGUUAUCCACCAUUCUCAAAUCUGGAAUCGAGAUCUCUUCAGUUGUACUCCAUUAAAACCCCUCUAACUACAGAAUCAUGCAUAUUUCAUUACUGGAGACUGUCUUUCUUAUACUAUUUAAUUAAAUUCUAAAUGUUCCCAAAAAUAAAGUUUAACAGUCUUAAGCAC